AUGGUGAAUGAAAAUUUUCAGAGUGUUGGUGAAUAUCCUGAAUUUUCAUCACAAAUAAAUCGUGGUGGAAUGACAAGAGAUAAUGAAGUCGCUCCAACUCCUAAGAGUAAGAGAAACCAGCAACCAUCAUGGAACACUGAACAAAAUUUGGUGUUAAUUAGUGGGUGGAUAAAAUAUGGAACAUACAGUGUUGUCGGGAGAAACCAGACAAGUGAAGCAUAUUGGGGUAAAAUUGUUGAGUAUUGUAACGAGCAUUGCUCAUUCGAUUCUCCGCGCAAUGUAGUUGCAUGCCGAAACCGUUUUAAUUAUAUGAACAAAUUAAUAAAUAAAUGGGUUGGUGCUAAGCGUAUGCAAAGAAGCGGUUGGUCGGAAGAUGAUGUUUUGGCAAAAGCCCAGGAAUUAUAUGCAUGUGGGAAGAAUGUUCAAUUUACUUUAAAGGAAGAAUGGCACGCUCUCUGA